UUAAUAAUUAUCUAUAUAAUAUCUUAACCAGACCUGUAGGUUCACUAUAUAGGUUCAAGGUUGUAAGAAUGUCCCUAAAGAGUUAAGUUAUGGGCAUUAUGACUUUAUAAGUGUUAUGACAUAUUAGUGUUUUCUAAUAUUUAUUUAAAGACUUUUUACGUCUCAUUGACUCAGUAAAUAAUGACCUCACGUUGAGAACUACUGGUGAUUAGUGAAUAUAGAAUAAUAUGUAGGUUAUUUAAAUACCAAACUGGUGAUGGUGAAAGUAAAUUGUAAGAGUCAGGAUGUCUUCAAUAUUAGUUAAUUACGAGGGGUCAGUUCAGAUUAUUUCAUUUAAUCGUCCAAAUAAACUAAAUGCCAUAUCAUUUCAGUGCUACAAUGAGGUGACUAAAGCUCUCAAAGAAGGAGCUAAUAAUGAUACUGUUUUCCUUACCAUAUUAACUGGAGUAGGAAAAGCCUAUAGUAGUGGUACAGACUUAUUUGAUAGUCCAAUUAUAGACAUUGAAGAUCGUUUAAUUGCAACACGAGACUUUGUGAGAGCAUUCAUAGAUUAUCCAAAGUUAUUAGUUGCAUUAGUCAAUGGUCCAGCAAUUGGAAUUGCAUGUACUACGUUAGGACUUUGUGAUCUUGUUUAUGCAACUAAAACAGCGACAUUUUCAUGUCCUUUUCACAAAUUGGGUCUUACCAUUGAAGGAUGUUCAAGUAUUACAUUUCCAUUAAUUAUGGGCAAGACUAGGGCAACUGAAUUUUUGUAUUCUGGUAAGACAUUGAAUGCUAUUGAUGCCCAGAAGAUUGGCUUAGUCAAUGAAAUUAUCAAUGACGGAGUUAGUGGAAGAAAUCAAUUAAUUAAAAAAAUCACAACUGAAUUAGCUUUUUAUAAAUUGCCUAUAGUUUACUCAAAAUCAAUGAUGCUAAAUGGUGUGAUCACUAGAGAUGAACUGCACGAAGCUAAUGAUAGAGAGAUUGAAAGACUGAAAGAAAGAUUCAAUUCGGAUGACUUUCAAAAUUCAAUUGCUAACUAUUUUAAACAAAGAAUGUUAAAGAAUAAGUUAUAAAGUUUCCUAAGAGAUAUGUGUUUAAAUUAUUCUUUAUUGUUCACAAUGAUUUAUUUUAUAAACAAUUUCUAUUAUUUACUUUUACAUCACAUUAUAAUCAAUUUAAUUAUUUUUAAAAAUUGGUUGCAAUAUUAUCUAGUUAAUUAAUAGUAUGUAGUAGAUAUAUUUAAUUUUUAAAUAUAAAAUAUUUUUUAUUUUUUCCUUACUUAUAAAUGCUCCAAACACUUACUACAGAGUUGUGAUAUUUCAAUUAAACUUGACAAUGAUAUAAAUAGUGGUAGUAGACUAGUAGAGGGCAUUUUUAAUGGUUAUGAUAGUUUUAGUUACUUGUUAGUAUUUACUAUAAAUCUAUAAUAGAUAAACUAAAAUAAUAGUUUAUCUAUGGUUACUGGUUAGUAGUUUUUAGUAGUUCUAUAUUUAAUUAUUUGUUGUUAGUGGUGGGCGGUGGUUAUGAAUCACGGAUAAUUUCCCCUAUUUUUUUUUUUUUUUUUAUAUAUAAAUAUUAUAAAUUAUAGAUGUAUUUAAGCACUCUAGAAAUCAAAUUCACAAGCAAUUAUUAAAUAUCAAAAAUUGUAGUUUUAAGAAAAAAAAAAUAAUAAAAACCAAGGCUAAAAAUAUGUGUUUAGAAAUAACAAAAAAAACCAGAGAUCAAAUGUGUUUUACUAAAUGUUUCAUUUUCAUGUUGGAAAUUUUAGCCAUUUGUAUUAAUUAUUUAAGUAUCUUUUACAUAGGCUAUCUUUUAGCUACCUAUCAUAAAUAUACAAAAUUAUAUUUACAAUAUUAUAAUUUAUUGUACUUAUGAAAAAUCAAAAAAAAAAAAAAAAAAAAAGUCAUAUUAAAUAACAAAUGAUAUUAUCCAAUUAAAUAGUUAACUUUAGAAAAAAAAUUAUGAGGGAGGAAUUGCCCAUUAGUGGUGGUUAUGCACUCGAUAGCAACUAAUGUUGUUUAGACUGAUUGUUGUUAAAUUAUUAAGUGUUGCUGACAUUUUCAGAUAAUAUUUACAAAACCUUGAAAAUACCAUAUAAAGAUGUUUAAAUUAUAACAUUGCUUUUUAAUCACUUUUUGUUGAAAACAUUGUAUGACAAAUAAUCUGAUUAAUUACAAUAUACUUUAUUAAUUGUUCA